AUGAACAAGAAGACGAAACAACAAAAGCUCGAGACAAUUCAUGACGCCCACGCGAAUCUUGUUACAACAUUGAAAACUGCGCCCGAAGCUCUUGAAAAGCCUCUGCUACAAUCCAUUGCUCUGAUUCACACGAAUCACAAGAAUAUCACCAACCAGGCUCAACAUCUGGAAGAGUCCACUGAAAAGCUGACCAAACUCAACAAGCAGCUUCAAACAGUAGCGAACAACGGCGACACCAAACUCAGAGAAACCGGCGACGUCCAGAACUGGGCUGAGAUGGUUGACGCGAACAUCAGAAUGAUCGAGAAGACGAUUCAGAUCAGAAGGCAGAACCAAUUGUAA